CACUCGCUGGCGGCUGCGGGCUGAGGCAGAGCUCCGGCGGAGGGAGAGCAGCUCCGGUGGGGGGGAACCGCUCCGGCUGAGGGAACGACGCCGUCGCCUGAGGAGCCGCAGAGCUGUGGAAUGCUGUAACCAGUCUCAGUGCCCCGCAGCUGAAGGCAAAUCGCCAUCCGGAUCACCUCCAUCCAAAGGAAGUUUGUUCACAAGAGUAAAGCACCUGGUUUUUGGUCGAGGCUCCUCUCGUGUGGCAUGCGGGGAUGCACAGAUAUCUGCAGCAAAUGAUCAUCCUGUACACAGGUAGGUUGAAAUGGGGCGAAUUUGGCUCUGAAGUUUCUUACAGUUGAUGAUGGGGGAAGUCUUGACCACCUGUAUUGCCUAGAUAUCAAAAGUUUGGGUAUUACAAAUGACCUGGUAGUCUUGCCUACAUUGGUGAUGACGUUGUUACACACAUUUAUUACAUGGUACUUUAUCAAUUAAGAUGCAUCACCUUUGAUGGGUUAAUGGUUGAGCUAGAUCAUCUUAGUGGUCUUUUCCAACCUUAAUGUUUGUAUGAUUCUUUGUAGGAGCCUCUACCAAGUACUACAGAUCAAAUGAUGAAUGUAGGGAUUGUGCAUUGGCUGCAAACCCACUUUUGGUGGCCGGUGUCCUGUUUCUCUUCCCUGAAAGGCCGCACUGAUGGGACUUUCAUCCUGCUGAAGGAAGGAAAGUUUGUUGUGAAAGUAACUUCUCCAAUGCAUGGUCCUCUAAAAGCUGUGCAAGACAGAUCUUUUACCAUUGUGCAUGCUGAAGUCAUGUUCUAAAGAAAAUCCAUAAAUAAAGGAUAUUCAUCUGCAUUUGGGUUUGUGUAGGAUCUGUGCAGAACGGACACUCGGAGCCUUUGCUGUGAGCAGUGUCCAGAGUUCCUGAUCUUCCACCAUGAACCCGGUUUACAGCCCCGUUCAGCCUGGGGCUCCCUAUGGGAACCCAAAGAACAUGGCGUACACAGACUUCAUUAUCCAAUAUGCUUAAAAUUGAACGACCUAAUGAAAUUUCACACCCACUAAAUUUAAUCAUGGAUUACCCAUGUGGGAUUUGAGUCAGAUAAAAAGGAUGCCUCAGAUAUUUGGUAGCACUUGCAUAAGGUUACCCAACGGGAUAUCCCACCGCUGCCCCAGCCUACAACCCAAACAUGUAUCCAACCAGCAGCCCCGGCUACGCCCCAGCUACACUUCUGAUGAAGCAAGCCUGGCCACAGACCUCCUCCUCCUGUGCCACAGAGGGCACCUUCCACCUCCCAGUGGACACUGGGACCGAGAACAGAACCUACCAGGCUUCUUCUGCAGCAUUCAGGUACACUGCGGGGACUCCCUACAAGGUCCCACCGACCCAGAGCAACAACGCGCCUCCUCCCUACUCUCCGUCUCCGAAUCCAUACCAAACUGCUAUGUACCCCAUCAGAAGUGCCUACCCACAGCAGAACCUGUACACCCAGGGAGCUUAUUAUACCCAGCCAGUGUACGCGGCACAGCCUCACGUUAUCCAUCACACCACCGUGGUUCAGCCCAACAGCAUCCCUUCGGCCAUCUACCCGGCCCCCGUGGCUGCGCCCCGGACCAACGGCGUGGCCAUGGGGAUGGUCGCUGGCACCACCAUGGCCAUGUCAGCAGGAACCUUGUUGACCACCCCACAACACACCGCCAUCGGAGCACAUCCAGUUUCUGUGCCAACGUACCGGGCUCAAGGGACCCCCACCUACAGCUACGUACCGCCGCACUGGUAAACCCACUGGCCAAGUCAUAUCCGAAGUCAAACAUUGUAUGCAACUACACAAGUCUUACAUCGGGGCUGCGGCCGCUGGACUGCAGCACCUCGUCUGUUUGCAAGAACAAAAGAAAAAAGUGCAAGGGUCACUUUAUGCAUUCUUUAGUGGUUUUUGUAAAAGCUGCUUUUUCUAAUCUUCUGCCUCUUUAUUUUCCCUCCCUCCUCCCUCUCCCCGACCCACAUCAGUCGUGUAACACAUACUGACACUGAGCAAUAGUAAAGGUCUCUCUUCGGUCCUAUCGUUUUACAGCUCAGAAUAUUCACUUUUCAGCAUUGCCCAGUCAAGUGGUGCAAAGAUCCCCACUUCUUGUUCGUUUGGGUUCUUCUCAUCCUUUUUUUUUUUUUAUUAUUAUUAUUUUUGUCGUUGUUGUUGUUGACAAGAGCCUAGGUUUUCUUUGACUAGUAAGAGUGGUUGAUGUUCAGGGUACUAUGUGAAAAGCACAGCGCUGGUAGGCAGGCUUAUUCCAAUUUGGUUUGGGUAUUUUUAGUUGGAUAAUAUAAAUUAUUUAAUCUUCCGUAACAUAUUACAGGAAAAUUGGUGUCUUCCAGAUAGCUGUCGUGAUAGAUUAUAAUGCAUUAUCUGCGGUGAAAUGCUGAACUCAUCCCUUCUUUUGUAGGAGUAAGAGAAUAUAAUUAGCGACGUAACACGCUUGUUUUAGGAAGUAGGAGGACUGUUCACCAUUGGGUCUGCUUUUCAAAACCGGGCAGAGGCAUUUGGUGCAAGGGGAAUUGAGUGGCAGCGAUGCCUUUGGGAAGGCGAGAUGCUCUGUGCCGGCUGUGUCCCAUCAUGGGCAGCUCCUUCCUGGCCACUGCUCGUGGGCAGAGGCGUGCAGGGAUGCUGCAGGUGGGAGGUGAGAGAUUUCCAGGCCGGAGAGGCUCUACGGAGCCUGGGGAUUUGGGAGAGGAGGUUGGAUGGAGGGGAGCCUUCGUGGAGGUCGAGGUGCUCCUAUUCUUUGGGUUCUUUGGAUUGAGGUCAACAAAGGUGGAGCCGAGCCCAAAUCCUGGCACUGUGGAGACAGCUGCUUGGGCUGGGAGAUGUAGGGGUAAGGAGCAGCAAUAGCAAUAAAGUAAUCUUCUGCAUCUGGAGGCAACACGAGGCCGUUCCUGGGUCCUCCGGGGUGUCCCAGUCAAACAGACAGCACUUGCAGGCAGCUGGAGCUAUUUUUCAAUUCUUACCCCUAAACCCAGAGUAGAAACAGAAGUUUUUCUUCUUCCUUUUUGUUUCUAAAGGAAAAACGUAAUCAUCGUCAUUUUGCUUUUUGAUGGUUUUCCCUCCACGUGCCAAAGUAGCUCCAUCCAUCCAUCCAUCCUUGUGGUUCUGUGUUGGUCCCAAGGAUCCAUCCAGAGCCUUGCAAGGAAUUGGAUCCUUCUUGAUGGGAAUCAGUCUACAGGGGGAGAAACCUUCUUAGGGACCCCAAAGGACUGCGGGCCGCUGGUUGUCAGGUCAGUGGGGGCCAUUUGGUUGCUUCUUCUGCUCUUAAUGGAAACCCAGGUGAGCUCCAAUUGCCCUCGGUCAGAGGACAGAAAGGACACAAAGUGGUGAAGCCUGAACGCCAGCGCUGUGGGUGGAGGAGGUCAUGAGGGUUUCCACCACGUAGUUCGUUGUGUUGCACUUUCAUUUUUUAUAAAACAGAGAAAAAAGAAAGAAAAAAAAAAAAGGUUAAAAAAAAAAAAAGUAAUUAAUCACAGUGUUGCCCCCCUUUAGCUUUGGCAAAGCCUCCCCGCCUAUAGGGCCAGCACUUAAAGGGAAGGGGGAUGUUUGGAAGUAGGGAAACCGCAUUGUCCUCUGUAACACGUUGCAAUUAAACUUGGGCAAAAAGAAAAAAAAGAAACACAAAACAAACAACCCACCAUGAUAAUAAAUCACAGGAACCGAAGAGCUCUCAAAUACUUUUAUUUUCUUUUUUUUUUUUUUUUUUGGCUCUCACAAUAUUGUUGGCUUGGUGUUGGAAUGCCCGUGUUAUCAGGAGCUGUCUGUCGGUGCUGGAACGCGUUGUCGUGAUGGAAGAAAGUUGUUAGAGAAUUAACAGCACUGCAGUGAGUCCCAACACUGCCCCAGGGUUGCUCACCCAUCACUGCGCUGGGAGGAGCUGUCUGAAUUCUCAGCCAUGGCCAGGAAGAUGCGGGGCGUGCUGCUGAAAGGAGAGAAAAUGCUAAAUUUGGGGGGUGAAAUGCCACUCAUGGCACAGAGGAGCCCCCGGAUGGACACAGCCUCCUCCUCACUGUGCUUCUUAGAAGGCAUUUUUAAGUUCUCCCUGAUCAAAGCUCUGAAUUUCAGGCUUGGUCUAAAAAUGGCAGAUUUUUCAUCAAAACAGGCUGAGGCUAUGAAGUAAAAGGGAAAAAAAGGAAAACACCUCCAUCUGUUACCACAGACAAGACCUGAUGAGGAUCAGGUGGCUUUAUUUUAAUUCCUCUGCUUGGAUCAGUGGCAGAUGUCAUGAAUCUUCCCCAUUGUGCCUGGGUAGAAAUACCCAGUGGUGCCAUCAUGGCGUGAAGAGGUGAACCUUGCUGUGGUGAGCCCAUGCUGGGACAUGGGCAGCCCCUGGGGGGGCUGGGAAGCCAUCCGGGGACACAUUCGAUUCCCUUUCAGGGUGGUUUCCCCAAUGGAAUUUGGGAAGAAGCAGGUUGGGAAGUCAACCCGUGAUGGGGUAGAGAGUGGUGUGAGUGUAGGACCAAGGGGUGAGUAGGAAAUGGUUGUGCUGUGAGCAGCUCCAUCCAGUUCCCAUCAUGGGAUAGAGUUCUCCAACCCCAACUCACCUCGCUUUGUGAUAGCAAGGUGUAGCGUGGGUUUUCCAUCUGAGGUGCUGAAGGAUUUCCAUUGCUAACCAUGACCUCUGGCACUUUUAGGGCAAUCUUUGAGAGACACAGCUGUGGAAUUGUAGGGUGGGUUGAAGCCCGGGCCAAUUCUUUGGGUAAGGUUUGCUCCUUAAGGCGCUGCCUCUCUCUCUGUUGACAUUCCUCAUGGUGAGAUAAACGAACCCAGCAGGACGCUGUCACUCCGUUGUCCCCUCUGCUGGGGUGACAAAGCUUCCUGGGGUUGACACCACUGGGGACACCCAAGCAUCACACGCCAGCAGUGCUGCGCUGCUGUUGGGUUGGUAAUGGUAGCAGGUUGGUGAGCAGGAAGAAAAGGGAUUUCUCUCACUGGGGGGGACAAGGCUGUUCUCUGUGCCAGGGCAAGAGGGGGUUAGGAUAUCCUCGGGGGUGAUGGAGGCAAAGCAAAACUCCAGGAAAAGGGGGAAAAGUGUUAAGAAAAUUGAUAUCAAACCACAGCUGUGGCCAUUACCCAAUCCCACCUAUGACUUUUGCAUUACAACACACUGCAGUGCAGGACUCAAAGCCUGUGCUGCCCCAGCCCCAUGCAAAGCCCAGAGCCCCUGAUGGGCAGCGACAACCCCAUAAAGCUUCUUUGCAGCUUGGAUAUGUAAUUUAAGCACUUUUUACUGUGUUAUUUAAAGGGUUUUUUUUUUUUUUCUUGGUUUGGUGAUGAUGUUUGCUAUUCUUGAGGAGCACGGUGGGCAAAAAGUGGUCCCCAGUGGGGCUGGGGAGUGAAGUCAUACCAAGAGAGAGAAAUUCCUCCCAUUUGGGGUUUGCAUUCAGUGCUCAAAUCCAACCAGCCAAAGACAGCAAUAAGAGCCGUUGAGUCCUCGUAAGUCCACUUCCUAAUUUUAUUUGGUCAAACCAUCAAUAUUUUCAGUCCAAGUGAGGGCUGCGGUUCCUUCCGCCUCUGUCACCCUAAUGUCCUCCCCAUGGCUUUAACCCGUGGCAGUUUGCUUUCCAUCUCUUUCUUUUCCCUAUUCCCUCUGGCUUUUGGCUCCCCAUGGCCCUAACGCGCUGUCGCUCUGCUAUAGGGAAAUACAGGGCAAAAAGCCUGGAAGGGAGGGAGGAAGGAGAGCUGUGGCAAGGCGUCACACCAUUUGGCACUUACAGAGUCACCAGCAAUCAAGUGAUAAUGGAUUUUGGGGAGUGCCUGGAAAACGGGAAUAGCAAAAGAUGUCAUCUGAUGGCAGCUCUCCCCAGCUGGACGCGAUGAGUUUGUAGGAAAAUGCCCAACGCAACGCCUCAGCAUUGCGUCCUUGGGAUGGAGCUGCAGGGCUGUGGCCAUCGGGAGAUGUAGCGAGGAAGGGGAAAAGGGGCGCUGGGGGGCACCCCAAAACUGCCCCCCCAAAACCACAGAGCCUCCUCGUGCCCUCGCACCAAGCAGAGCCAACCCAACCCGCGCGCCCCAUCCGUCUUUCUGUAUCAUUUCUUGACCCGUUCUGACCAACGGGACAGCGCGGAUCCGCUCGUUUUUAAAGUAGUAUUGGAACUCUUUAAGCAAAAAUAUAUAUACAUAUUAAAAAAUGCAUAAAUGCAGAAAAAAAAAAGAAAAAAAGAAAAAAAAAAGGAAAAAAAAAAGAAGAGUACAACACGUCUUCCAAGUCUCCACGGUGUGUAGGGAACAUGGCCUCCAACUGACGCGCUGGGAAGCCCCGCAGCCGCGGCUUGUGACUACCAAGUGUAAAUCUGGGUUUUCUCAUUUGUUUUCCGUUCCAUUUUCGUUCUGAAGAUCCGUUCGUGAUCUCCCUGACAGAUUUCAGCCAAGAGUUUGUAACUGUACGAUAUUUACUGUAAGAUGUAGAACAUUCGAUAACUAUUAAAAUGUUUCCAAAAAAAAAAAAAAAAAAAA